AUGUCCGCCCCGACUCCCGCCAACCAGCUCUACCUCGGCCCCUCGGGCGGCCAGCCCGAGCCCCAGGGCCUCCUCUCGUACAUCUGGAACGAGCAGAUCAUGAACCCCGCCAACCGCGAUGGUAACCUCAACAUCGCCCGCGCAGUCGGUCUCUUCGCCGUCGGCAUCAUGUUCGUUCGCAGCGACCUCGCGUCGGCUCUCGUCCCGGUCUUCUAG